AUGGCCUCGCCGCGCCCGGCCCGCCUGGUGCCCGCGCUGCGCGCCCUGCUCUACUGGUCCCUGGUGUACGGCUACUGCGGGCUGUGCGCCUCCGUCCACCUGCUCAAACUUUUGUGGAGCAUCGGCAAGGCACCGGCGCAGACCUUCCGCCGGGCGGCCCGGGCACACCCGCCCGCGUGCCUCAGCGACCCCUCUCUGGGUACCCACUGCUACGUGCGGAUCAAGGAUUCAGGACUGAGAUUUCACUAUGUUGCUGCUGGAGAAAGGGGCAGACCUCUCAUGCUGCUGCUUCAUGGAUUUCCGGAAUUCUGGUAUUCUUGGCGCCAUCAACUGAGAGAAUUUAAAAGUGAGUACAGAGUCGUUGCGCUGGAUCUGAGAGGAUAUGGAGAGUCAGACGCACCUACUCAUCAAGAGAGUUAUAAACUGGACUGUCUAAUUGCAGACAUAAAGGAUAUUUUAGACUCUUUAGGGUAUAGCAAAUGUGUCCUGAUUGGCCAUGACUGGGGAGGCAUGAUUGCCUGGCUGAUUGCCAUCUGCUACCCUGAGAUGAUAAUGAAGCUCAUCGUCAUUAACUUCCCACACCCGAGCGUAUUUACAGACUACAUACUGCGGCACCCCGCCCAGCUGCUCAGAUCUAGCUUUUAUUACUUCUUCCAAAUACCAUGGUUCCCAGAAUUUAUGUUCUCGAUUAAUGAUUUCAAGGCUCUGAAGCACCUGUUCACCAGCCGGAGCACUGGCAUUGGAAGGAGAGGACGUCGGCUGACCGCGGACGAUCUGGAAGCCUACAUUUAUGUCUUUUCGCAGCCCGGGGCACUGAGUGGCCCAAUUAACCAUUAUCGAAACAUUUUCAACUGCCUGCCUCUCAAGCACCACAUGGUGACGACGCCGACACUGCUCCUGUGGGGAGAGGAAGAUGCAUUCAUGGAGGCUGAGAUGGCUGAAGUCACAAAGGUUUACGUUAAAAACUAUUUCAGACUCACCGUUUUGUCAGAAGGUAGCCAUUGGCUUCAGCAGGACCAACCUGACAUAGUGAACAGGCUGAUAUGGGCAUUCCUGAGGGAAGACAGGAGAAGAGAAUGACCGUCUCCUGUGAAGAGCCUAUAAGGGAAUCGCAAAAACCUCCUAAAACUCGUUCAUCAAUUUACGUUUUACUAGGAAAAAUCACCUGUUUUAAUAUGCUUGAUUAUAAAUAAAUAU